AUGCCGGAGAUCGCGAGUAAGGUGAUUGCUAAGAAAGGUGUGAAGAAGGUGCUGUGCAGGUCGCGCCGGGAGGGAGAGAAGCGGCGGCGCCGAGUGCGCAAGGAGAGCUAUAGUGUUUACGUAUACCGGGUGCUAAAGCAGGUGCACCCGGACACGGGCAUCUCCUCCAAGGCAAUGAGCAUCAUGAAUUCGUUCGUCAACGACGUCUUCGACCGGAUAGCCUGCGAGGCGUCGCUCCUGGCGCGGUACACCCGGCGCCACACCAUGUCGUCGCGGGAGAUCCAGACGGCCGUGCGGCUGCUGGUGCCCGGCGAGCUGGCCAAGCACGCCGUGUCCGAGGGUACCAAGGCGGUCACCAAGUACACUAGCUCGAAGUGAGAUCCCGAUGUCCACCCCAGCUCCUGCCGGGGCUCCA